AAAGCUGCCGGGUUUCUUGGUGACGUCACAUCUAGGAAAGCGCACAUUCCUGUCUAGGUGCAUUGGUCAGACACAAGAAGAUUAUCUUUAUUUUUCUGGAAAAAAACAGCCAAUGACUCUCGUAUGAAAUAGCAAAGUAACGUAAUACUUAUCUUAGAUGAUAGUAUAACUCCAAUAGUUUCCCAGUUUUGAUAGCCAGCAGCGUUAGCUAGCUGUCUGUCCAACGAGCUAGCUAGCUAACGGUAGCUAUGUUUACUUCGUCUACGAGCUUCGUUGAACAGUCAUGGGUACAACCCUGCGAGGAAAAUAUGGGCGAUUGUAAAGUUUAAACGUCUAUAUUGGCUAUUAAUACGUUUUGUUUACGGACAUCAUCUGACGGUGGAGCUAAGUUGAAGCAAUGGAUAAGCCUCCUUUCAGACAAAACCAAAACUGUGGAGACUGGGAAUUCAAAGAGAGAUUGGGCAUGGGCAGUUUUGCCCAUGUCUACCUGUAUCAAAAUCAUGAUACAUCGGAAAAAAUAGCAGUGAAAAUGUGUCGUCUGGAGUUAAUACCAAGAAACAAAGACAGGUGGAGCAGAGAGAUCCAGAUCAUGAAAAAGUUGAAUAAUCUCAAUGUAGUGACAGCGCGAGACGUGCCAGAGGAGAUGAAGCACAUUGCCUUAAACGACCUUCCACUGCUGGCCAUGGAGUACUGCUCCAAGGGAGACCUCAGAAAGAUGCUGAGCAAGCCAGAAAAUUGCUGUGGCCUGAAAGAAAGUGAAGUGCUUUCCCUGCUUAAUGACGUCGGUUCAGGCGUCCAGUAUUUACAUGAAAACAAGAUCAUACACAGAGACCUUAAACCAGAAAAUGUAGUGCUGCAGGAUGUCAACGGAAAGUUGGUUCACAAAAUCAUAGACUUGGGCUAUGCCAAAGACUUGGACCAGGGGAGUCUGUGCACCUCUUUUGUGGGAACACUGCAGUACUUGGCACCUGAGCUAUUUGAGAAUAAGCCUUACACUGUCACAGUGGACUACUGGAGUUUUGGCACAAUGAUAUUUGAAUGCAGCUGUGGAUUCCGUCCGUUUCUGCACAAUCUUCAGCCGGUCCAAUGGGCCAGCAAAGUGCGGAGCAAAGGUCCCAAAGACAUCAUGGCCGUGGAGGAAUUGAAUGGGGACGUCAGAUUCUCCACACAUCUACCAUACCCCAACAAUCUGAGCAGGACACUGCUGGAGCGCAUGGAGAUGCUGCUUCAGCUGAUGCUGAAAUGGGAUCCUGUCCAGAGGGGAGGCAAGACCAACGCUGACAGCAAGAAACCCCAGUGCUUUGAAGUGCUGGAACAAAUAUUAUGCAUGAAGGUUGUCCACAUCCUAAACAUGACCACAGCCCAGGUCCACUCCUUCCAACUGGUCCCAGAGGAGAGCCUCCAUAGCCUGCAGCGCCGCAUCGAGACUGAGACCAAGAUUGAGCUGGUCAACCAGGAGCUGCUGCAGGAGACGGGGGUGUCGCUGGACCCCAGGAAGGCUGCAGCCCAGUGUGUCCUUGACGGGGUGCGAGGCUGGGACAGUUACAUCAUCUAUUUGUUUGACAAGAGCCUCACCAAGUACUCUGGUCCCUUCAGUGCUAGACAGCUGCCUGAUGAAGUCAACGCUAUUGUACGGGAAGCUAAGUCCCAGCUUCCCUUGGUGGUGCUGAAGAAGGUGUGGGGCGAGGCGGUUAGUUACAUCUGUGGACUGAAGGACGACUACAGCAGAUUGUUCCAGGGCCAGAGGGCUGCCAUGCUGAGCCUCCUACGCUACAACACCAACCUGACCCGGUGCAAGAACGGCAUGUUUGCCUUCUCCCAGCAGCUGAAGGCCAAGCUGGACUUCUUCAAGAGCAGCAUUCAAUACGACCUGGAGAAGUACAGCGACCAGAUGCAUUAUGGGAUCUCGUCAGAGAAGAUGCUGAAAGCGUGGCAGGAGAACGAGGGGAAAGCUGCUGCUUAUGCACAGGUGGCAGAGGUGAGCCACCUGGACGAGGAAAUCAUGUCGUUACACUCUGAGAUUGUGGAGCUGCAGCGGAGUCCCUACGCCCGUCGCCAAGGAGACGUCAUGGAGCAGCUAGAGGAGAAGGCCAUUGAACUCUACAAACAACUGAAGAUGAAAUGCAGAACGCCUGGCCCUGAUGUGAGCAGCGACAGCUCCGAGAUGGUUAAAGCCAUCAUCCAGACUGUCCAGAACCAAGACAAGGUCCUCCGAGACCUCUACGCACAUCUCAGUAAGAUCUUACUGAGCAAGCAGAAGAUAAUUGACCUGUUCCCACGGAUUGAGAAGACGCUGGAGAACAUCAAGGAUGCCGACAACACUGUGAUGCAGAUGCAGGUCAAGAGACAGAGAGAGUUCUGGCACCUACUGAAGAUUGCCUGUGCUCAGAACUCUGCAAGGAACUCGAUAGCAGCCAGCCCAGAGUUGUCCAACCCCCUGCAGGUGUCCCAGUGGGCCCAGUCUGCCCAGCCCAUCAGCAACCCUCACCCCCUGACCUCCCUACCAGGACCCAACGAUAGUGAUGCUGCCCCGCGUCUGCUUCAGGAGAACCAGAAGUACCUCAGUCAGCUGACCAGCCUGAUGCAGGAAGCUGCUGACGAGCAGUCCAAAAGCAUAGUGGAGCAAGAUUGGAGCUGGACUAAAUAUGAAACAUUGUCUACGAAACUGCUCAAACGAAAUGUGUGAAUACAUGUCAACAGUAAACAAAGCACUGUCCAGCUCAUCCCUGCCUGCCCUCCAACCAAGUAACACUAAGGACAGAAUGCUGUUAACAAAAUGGAGUCACGGCAGUUCAUGUAAUUGUACAUCUUGAUGUGCGGAUUUGGCAACUCACUUUAACGGCUAACCUGGGCUUCUUAAAAAGGCAGAUCAAAAAAUACAAAUGCUCAAUGGUUUUCUAUUCUCCGUUUUCUCAUCUAUUUGGUGAGGAGUGUGGAUGAUGUAUAAUUUUGUUUUUAAAUGAACAAAAAAAAAAAGAGUCUGAACACGACAUGUCAGUCGUCCAUUACUCUUCAAGCAAAUGUAACCUUUUAAUUUUACCUCGCAGAUCAUUGUGCAAAUCUAAGUACCACUAUUCAUCAAAAUCCAUAUUUUACUAUUAUCUUAUCAAAGUAUCAGAGUAAACUGCAAUUGAUUGUGAGUCAAAGUUUUGGAAUGACAGAGCUGGAAAGUGUUUGGGCUAAGGAAAUGGGAGUGAUAAGAAAGCUUUCUAUGCACGCGCGUUUGUGUUGAGCCCCAUCAUGUCUCGUGAUGUGACACAGCACAAGGAAAAGAGAGGGGGGGAGAGGAAAUUACAAUCGACCAGCAGCACUUUUGACAUUCCCAAGCAUCCUCCAUCCUGUUUGUGCCGAGGAAGUAGUAGUCAGACAUCUGGGGUCUUAGAUGCCCUCUAGAACCCUGUUUAUCAGUCUGGGCCCUUGUGACACAGCUCUUGUUACAACCAUCCAACGGGACAGGAAAUGUAUCAGCUGUAUUUGAAAUCAAGUCAUGCAUCGAUCAAGGGGAAAGGGUUUUGACCAUAUAUAAAUUGUAUUUUGAUUGACUAAAAGUAUUCUAUCAUGACUAAACACACUUUACAUGGAAGGGGGGGGGGGGGGGGGGGGGGGGGGGGGGUGGAAAUCCUAAAGUUACUUUGUGACGUUUGUGUCACCAAGAAUGCUGGUAUGUUUUUUUCCCACAUGUUGAAAAUGUUUAAACCUGAAAAAUAGAAUACCACAAGUUAAAUUCAGUUUGUCAGGUGCACUGUCAUUCUUUCUUUUCACUUGAUGCUCAUUGAAUAGAAACAUAUGGCGGGCCAUGAUAAAUGAUUGAACGUACCACCCGAGAGGUGUAACAAAGAUGAAGUACACACUUUGCUCCAGAAAGACAUGUACAUUAAAUCUAUAAGUUGUAUUUAUGUAGUUUUAAGUGCAAUGGAUGUUUAUUUUGUAGUAUUUAAGUGACCUGCUAUGUCAGUUUCCCUCUUCAAGGUUUGUCACCAUCUGAUGUUAAAACCCAUGUCUGAAUGUUUACUUUUUUUUAGUAAUUGUAUUGUGUAGAUAUCAAACAUUGACUUGGUAUUACAAUAAAAAUGGACUUGGCAUGAAUUUG